AUGAAAGUAAAGAUAGUUAAAGCUAAAGUAGAGGAGCAGAAAGUUAAUUGUUGUCUUGAACCAGGAUUUUUGGAGAUCUCUAUGUGUACUGAUAAACUUCUCAAGAAAAUCGGUGGCAAAAUUAGCAAAAAGUUGACUUCUGAAGAAAAAGAUAGUAAAUUCGUCAGAAAAGAAAUCACAGCUCCACUUGGAUUGGCCAUAAUUCCAAUUACCUUUACUUCUAAUGUAAUAAACAAUAACCACCUUAGUAAUUAUGAAUCCAUCACAAUUCUGACUAAAGUGCUUGUAGAAAAAUAUGACCCCAAGAUGCCUAAUUAUAUCCUGCUUGGUAACAAUUGGUUCUAUGAACGCAAUAACCAUGGAAUCCAGACAUAUUUACCGGAAAUAGUAACAGAUGCAAAAAAUGCUUUUGUAAGAACCACCUUACGCAUUAAGGACCUCAGUUGGAAAGUUGAUACAACCAAAGCUAAAAAGAAGCCAAGGGUUAAUGUAUCUGUUAAUAAAAGAGAUAUUCAUGAUUUUUACAAAAUACUUCCUGGGAGAUCGAAAGAUUCACUGUCCCACAGAUUAAAUAUCUCUACAUCUUCUGAUUCAGAUGCUUCCGAUUCGAUUACUUCGGACAGCAAUUCAGAUAGUUCUUCCACAUCUAGUUCGGAAAUAGAAGCUAUACAUAAGACUGAAGGUGUAAGGAAACGACCGAUUCUAAAGCGUAAAGUAAAAGCAUGA